CAACAUGUUUAUCAGUGUUGAAAUGAGAUCCAUAACUGCCAGGUAGGCGGAGAGGCUGAGGGGAGCUAGGCUAUAUAGUGCGACAACAAUCUUAAUACAAACCUGUUGGUCGGCAUCAGGUGUGCAUACACGUAGGCUACGUUGAUCCGCAACUAUGGCAGGACUUAAAAAAUAUCUGCCGAGUUGGCUGGGGAGCGGGUCUGAGACGCCGUCCACGCCUCAAAGCAGAGGCACACUGGAAUUUGCAAAGCAUUAUUCUGAAAAUGUUCAGACUGUGUUCUUGAAGUCGGAGAAGAGCUUCAAUAAGGACUUGACAAUGCCAAGUAGUUCAGCUCACAGCAUGCAGGAAGAGUUCAUGUCUCCAAGUUUAAAACAGCUGAGCCGUCAUGGUGAGCUGUUCCCGUCUCUGCCCCUCGAAAGGACUGAAAGUGGCAGCUUGCUGGAACAGCUGAGCCGUCAUGGUGAGCUGUUCCCGUCUCUGCCCCUCGAAAGGACUGAAAGUGACGGUGCGCUGGGGGAGCUUCAAAGGAUCCAUUCUGAAUUUGUGAAGACAGUUAAAAUCUCAGUUAUCAGAGGUCUCCUGGAUGACCUUUUGCAGCAGAAAGUGUUGAGUACUGAGGACAAAGACUCUGUGAUCGAGAACCAGAAGAGCAAAAGGGAAAAAGCACGCUGUCUGAUUGACAUGGCGACUGGAAACGGGGAGAGAGCAAGUCAGAUAAUGAUUGAAAGUAUGAAGAAGAGGGACCCUGACUUAUGCAUCACCCUGGGUCUUAUCUCUUCUCCUGCUGGUGUGGGUCUUAAAGAUGACAAGACGGUGGUAAAGCCAAGGAAAGAAAAAAGAGGAAAUGGAGGCCGGAAAAGACGUACAAGUGAAUCAGAAGAAGAAGAGAUCAAUAAGAAAUCUUGCAUGGUGGAUGGGCCAGACGUAAGCCCUGAAACCCGCUCCGCACCAGCUCUGACUGAAAAGGAGCUCAUGAAUGUGGCCAAAACGCUGGGAAAGGAGUGGGAACUGGUUGCCAUCCAUCUGGACCUGAAGACCAAAGAUCUGGAUGACAUCAAGGCAGACAGACAGACGGAUGUGGCCAUGCAGAAGCUGAAGAUGUUGGUGCUGUGGACGCGCCGAAGACCACCAGGAAAGGCCACAGCACAGGACCUGCUGAAUGGUCUGAAUGACCUGGAGGACAUACCGGUCGAGACUCGUUCUUCUUUGGAAGCCUUGAUUAAGCAGUAGCCAUAGUGAACUAGAUGGCUCUGUCCAAAGAGAACAAUGAAGAUAUGCAGAAUAACCUGAAACAGUGAAGCUGUCUGUGAAUGCAUACUGGUCGUUGGGAUACGGCCAGAUGAUGACAACAGAGAGAUUAUUCUAAAGUGUAAGCAGCCGUAAGAGCUAGGCUCUUGUUGAGUCCAUCUUUACCGUAUAAACUGUUUAAAUGGCACAAUUGCUCAUACAGCUUUGCUCCACCAGUGGUCAAGAUGCAGUAUGUGCCAAGGCAUUUUUGAAGUGUUAGCAUCAGUUGCGACCCUGUGCUGUGUUAUCGGCCCCUUCCACAAUAAUUGAAACUAUGGACAGAUUUAUUAAAUUCUGUACUUUUAGAUUACAUUUAUCUGAUUGACACUUAAGUGCAAAGCGACCCACAGUAAUUGCAUUCGACAAUGGAAGAUGCAACCCAAAAAGAGCAGGAAUCGUGCAAGUACAUGAAAUGCGUUCAGUAAGGAAACUUUUUUAAGUGCUAAAUUAUAGAAACAAGAGAUGAGUUUUCAGUCUGCAGUCUUUUUCCAAAUGUCUUGACCUUAAAGUAAUAAUUGACUUCAUGUUUAGAAUAGAUCCUUCAUCUUCUGCAAGUACUAAGCUGUUCCCCUCAGGUACCUCCUAUAGACAGGUAUCGAUGGUUGUGAUCACAGAGUUUCUGAAACAAGUUGACUUUAUGCCAAAGAAAGAUAAUAAUAUUUUUUAACAAUCCACUACGACUAGCACAAUCUUUUUCUACAGUUUCCCCAAGAGGCAGCUGGUACUGUGUCAGUUCAUUCUUUUUAUAUAUAUUAUGUUAACUUUCUGAGCCCCGAGCAAGGAAGGUUCAGACGUCUGUUUGGGGAAAAAUAAAAGUGGUUUGUGGGAAAGGC